AUGCCCAGGGAAGAAAGUGAUCGUUCUCUAUUAUGGAGGAAGGCUAGAGAAGGCAAACAAGAAAACAUCCCCAAUCCAAAGACUGCAGAGAAAGCAAGAUUAAUUAAAUCUCACACAACUACGAUUUCAGAUAUGGGUGCAUGUGGACUGGUGGUGGGUAGACUGUGGGCGCACUCAGCCGGUGGGGACAGUUGCAAAGUUGGACCUGGCUCAUUAGGCUCGGUGGUGGUGUCGGAAGGGGACGAAGGCAUCGGAUGUGGACUGGUGGGGGUCGACUCAAGUAGAGUAGCGGCUGGAGAAGACCCAAUUUGGGUCCAUGUCAGAAGGAAAAGGAGGAGCUGGAAAAUAAGAGGGAAUCGAAAUUGA